AUGCAGCAUAGUCUGCAGCCACGAGAUCUACGAAAGAUUGAUACCAAAUACAUCAAUCAACUUCCUGCCAUUCUUGUCCGCAAAGAAGCAAUCCUUGUAAAUUUACUUCAUAUCCGGGCAUUGAUAAAGGCUGAUUUGGUCGUUCUUUUUGAUUCGGUUGGCUCGACCGACAGCUACAAUCAAUCCAUAUUCGUAUAUGACCUACAGGAAAAAUUGCGAAUGGGUUUUGCUGCCGCGGGUGGGCUUCCUUUUGAAUUUAGAGCUUUGGAAGCAAUAUUUAUAAGUGUCAUAUCAACUCUUCAAGCAGAAAUGGAAGUUUUGGUGAACUUGGUAUCUAAACUGUUAACAGAUCUCGAAGAGAACAUUGAUCGUGAGAAAUUAAAACUACUACUCCAAUACUCUAAAAAACUUUCUAAAUUCGAACAAAAAACGCUUAUGAUACGGAACGCUAUUGUAGAUGUGUUAGAUCAAGAUGAAGAUUUGGCGGCUAUGUAUUUGACGGAAAAAGCAAAGAAUAAACCUCGAGCGAUGGAUCAACACGAGGAGAUUGAAUUGUUGUUGGAAUCAUAUCUGAAACAGACCGAGGAGAUAGCCAAUACUGUUGCGACGUUGUCAGCUAACAUGAGGUCAACUGAAGAGAUUGCUAACAUCAUUCUAGACGCAAACAGGAACGCUUUGUUGCUUCUUGAAUUGAAAUUGACCAUGGGUACCCUAGGUGUAGGAACCGGUGCUAUGAUUGCCAGUCUCUUUGGUAUGAACUUGAAGAAUUUCUUAGAAGACGAUGUUAAUGCAUUUGCCGCGAUUAGUGGUCUUGCAUGCGGUUUGAGUGCCACUGUUUUCGUCUAUUGCCUACGGAAAAUGAACACUCUGAGAAAGUUGGAUAAAAUUUAA